GGGGAGGGGAGGGAAGCUGCUGAGGUAAAGUUAGGGGGAGAGAGAGACUCCGUCAGCGAAGCGAGAGCCGGGGAAGCUCGGCGGCCGCCAUUACUGAGCCGAGAGCGCCGGGGAGGGAACGGAGAGGUGCCACGGGGCUGCGGCGCUCGGUGGCGCUCGGUGGCUGCGGGCCGGAGAGCGCAGAGAGCCCCGUGGGGAGGAGAAGCCGCCGGGGGCGCCGGCGUGGAGAGAGCGUCCCGGGAAUGCUGCCGCUCCCGCCGCCGCCGCCGAGGAGCCGGAUCCCGACGGCGCGAGAUCCCUCAGGGAAGGACUUACUGAAGGACACUGUUUAAAUGCGUGACAUUACUGCAGGAAGAUCACAGCAGGAUAAUCAUCUUGCUUUGCACCUUGUUUUCCUAAGGGAAGAUGAUCUUGCUCAUUCUGGUUAUCUGAGAAACUCUCGAUGACAAGCUGAGGCAGAAACAACUGAAACCUAUUUCUGGAACCUUGGAUAUACAACUUACAUUUGUAGGAACUUCUCCAGAAUGAAAACCACAUACAGUUACUUUGAUAAUUGCAAAAGGAUGAGAGGAAAGUUAUGAUGGCAAAAAACAAAGAGCCACGUCCCCCAUCUUAUGCUAUUAGUGUUGUUGGACUGUCUGGAACUGAAAAGGAUAAAGGCAAUUGUGGAGUUGGAAAGUCCUGUUUGUGCAAUAGAUUUGUUCGUUCAAAAGCAGAUGAAUAUUAUCCUGAGCAUACCUCUGUGCUUAGCACAAUUGACUUUGGAGGAAGAGUUGUUAACAAUGACCACUUUUUGUACUGGGGUGACGUAACACAAAGUGGUGAGGAUGGAAUCGAGUGCAGAAUCCAUGUAAUUGAACAGACUGAGUUCAUUGAUGACCAGACUUUCUUGCCUCAUCGGAGUACGAAUUUACAACCAUACAUAAAACGUGCAGCUGCCUCCAAACUGCAGUCAGCAGAAAAACUCAUGUACAUUUGCACAGAUCAGCUAGGCUUGGAGCAAGACUUUGAGCAAAAACAAAUGCCUGAAGGGAAAUUAAGCAUAGAUGGGUUUUUAUUGUGCAUUGAUGUAAGCCAAGGAUGCAAUAGGAAGUUUGAUGAUCAGCUUAAAUUUGUGAAUAAUCUCUACGUCCAACUCUCAAAAUCUAAGAAACCCAUAAUAAUAGCAGCAACCAAGUGUGAUGAAUGUGUGGAUCAUUAUCUGCGGGAGGUUCAGGCUUUUGCUUCAAAUAAGAAGAAUCUUGUGGUUGUGGAGACUUCAGCAAGAUUCAAUGUCAAUGUUGAAACAUGCUUUACUGCAUUGGUACAAAUGAUGGACAAAACUCGGGGCAAACCAAAAAUAAUCCCCUAUUUGGAUGCCUACAAAACUCAAAGACAGCUGGUUGUUACAGCAACAGAUAAGUUUGAAAAGCUUGUCCAAACUGUGAGAGACUAUCAUGCAACAUGGAAAACUGUUAGUAAUAAACUGAAAAACCACCCUGAUUAUGAAGAGUACAUAAAUUUGGAAGGAACAAAAAAGGCUAAAAAUACAUUCUCAAAACACAUAGAGCAACUUAAGCAGGAACACAUUAGAAAAAGAAAAGAAGAAUACAUUAAUGCAUUGCCAAGAGCUCUUAAUACUCUGCUGUCAAAUCUUGAUGAAAUUGAACACUUGAGCUGGUCAGAAGCCUUGAAAAUAAUGGAGAAAAGGCCUGACUUCCAGUCCUGUUUUGUAGUGCUUGAAAAAACACCCUGGGACGAAACUGACCAUAUAGAUAAAGUGAAUGACAGAAGAAUUCCAUUUGACCUUCUCACCACACUAGAAGCAGAAAAAGUUUAUCAAAACCACGUGCAGCAUCUUAUAUCUGAAAAAAGGAGGGUUGAAAUGAAGGAGAAAUUCAAAAAAACUCUGGAGAAAAUCCAGUUCAUUUCACCCGGACAGCCAUGGGAAGAAGUUAUUUGUUUUGUGGUGGAGGAUGAAGCAUUCAAAUACAUCACUGAUGCAGACAGUAAAGAAGUGUAUGGUAGGCAUCAGAGGGAGAUAGUUGAAAAAGCCAAAGAGGAGUUUCAGGAAAUGCUUUUUGAACAUUCAGAGCUGUUUUAUGACCUGGAUCUUAAUGCAACACCAAGUUCAGAUAAAAUGAGUGAAAUUCAUGCAGUUCUGAGUGAAGAACCUAGAUACAAAGCUUUACAGAAACUUGCACCUGAUAGAGAAUCUCUUCUGCUUAAACACAUAGGGUUUGUUUAUCACCCAACUAAAGAAACUUGUCUCAGUGGCCAAAAUUGCACUGACAUUAAAGUAGAGCAGUUACUUGCCAACAGUCUUUUGCAGCUAGACCAUGGCCGCUCAGAUUUAUAUCAUGAUAGUGCCAACAUUGACAAAGUCAACCUUUUUAUUUUGGGCAAAGAUGGCCUUGCACAAGAAUUAGCAAAUGAAAUUCGGACACAGUCAACUGAUGAUGAAUAUGCAUUAGAUGGAAAAAUAUAUGAACUAGAUCUUAGGCCAGUUGAUGCAAAAUCCCCAUACCUGCUGACUCAGCUUUGGACCUCGACCUUCAAACCACAUGGUUGUUUCUGUGUCUUUAACUCUAUUGAGUCACUGAACUUUAUUGGGGAAUGCAUUGCAAAAAUCAGGGCUGAAGCAUCUCAGAUAAGGAGGGACAAGUAUAUGGCUAAUCUUCCAUUUACGUUAAUACUGGCUAACCAGAGGGACAGUGUUAGUAAAAAUCUGCCUAUUCUUAGACAUCAAGGACAGCAGUUGGCCAACAAAUUACAGUGUCCUUUUGUAGAUGUGCCUGCUGGUACGUAUCCACGUAAAUUUAAUGAGACCCAAAUAAAACAAGCUUUGAGGGGAGUACUGGAAUCAGUUAAACACAAUUUUGAUGUUGUAAGUCCAGUUCCGACCAUUAAAGAUCUGUCAGAAGCCGAUUUAAGAAUUGUCAUGUGUGCCAUGUGUGGUGAUCCGUUUAGUGUGGAUCUGAUUCUUUCACCCUUCCUGGACUCUCACUCCUGUAGUGCUGCUCAGGCUGGCCAAAAUAAUUCUUUGAUGCUUGACAAAAUAAUAGGUGAAAAGAGGCGGCGGAUACAGAUAACUAUAUUGUCCUAUCAUUCCUCAAUUGGUGUAAGGAAAGAUGAACUUGUUCAUGGAUACAUUCUGGUCUAUUCUGCAAAGCGAAAGGCAUCCAUGGGAAUGCUUCGGGCAUUUCUCUCUGAAGUUCAGGAUACAAUUCCUGUCCAGCUGGUGGCUGUUACUGAUAGCCAGGCAGACUUCUUUGAGAAUGAAGCAAUCAAGGAACUCAUGACUGAGGGGGAACACAUAGCAACAGAGAUUACUGCUAAGUUUACAGCUUUAUAUUCGUUGUCUCAGUAUCACCGUCAAACAGAGGUUUUCACUUUGUUCUUCAGUGAUGUGUUAGAGAAGAAAAACAUGAUUGAAAGUUCUUACAUGUCAGACAGUACAAGGGAAACAACACAUACAAGUGAAGAUGUCUUUCCACGAUCUCCCAGAGGAGGUUCCCUUGACUACAAUUAUCCAGAUUCAGAGGAUGACACUGAAGGACCACCACCUUACAGUCCAAUUGGUGAUGAUGUAAGGUUACUUCCAGCACCUAGUGACCGUUCAAAGUACCGACUGGAUUUGGAGGGAAAUGAGUAUCCUAUCCACAGUACGCCCCUCAAUUGUCAUGACCAUGAACGCAACCAUAAAGUGCCUCCUCCAAUAAAACCGAAGCCCCUUGUCCCAAGAACAAAUGUGAAAAAACUGGAUCCUAACCUCUUGAAAACAAUCGAGGCAGGUAUUGGCAAAAACCCCAGGAAACAACCCUCUCGAGUGCCUGCAGCACCUCCAGAAGAUACCGACCAAUCUGACAACUAUGCUGAACCUCUUGACACUAUUUUCAAACAUAAGGGCUUUGCAGAUGACAUCUAUGCUGUUCCAGAUGAUACUCAGAACCGUAUUAUUAAAGUUCGAAACUCAAUUGUUAUAAAUACCCAAGGGGAGGAAGAAAAUGGUUUUUCUGAUAGGAUGUCCAAAAGUCAUGGGGAAAGAAGGCCUUCCAAAUACAAAUAUAAGUCUAAAACUUUGUUUAGCAAGGCAAAGUCUUACUAUAGGAGAACACAUUCAGAUGCAAGUGAUGAUGAGGCUUUCACCACCUCUAAAACUAAAAGGAAAGGAAGGCAUCGUGGAAGUGAAGAAGACCCACUGCUUUCACCUGUUGAAACAUGGAAGGGUGGCAUAGAUAACCCUGCUAUUACAUCAGAUCAAGAACUGGAUGAUAAAAAAAUGAAAAAGAAAACCCAAAAAGUAAAAGAAGAUAAGAAGCCGAAAAAGAAAACUAAGACAUUCAAUCCUCCAAUCCGUAGAAACUGGGAAAGUAAUUACUUUGGGAUGCCCCUGCAGGAUCUGGUUACACCUGAGAAACCGAUACCUCUGUUUGUUGAAAAAUGUGUGCAAUUCAUUGAAGAUACAGGAUUAUGUACUGAAGGCUUGUACCGUGUUAGUGGGAACAAAACAGACCAAGACAACAUUCAGAAACAGUUUGAUCAAGAUCAUAAUAUCAGUCUAGAGUCUAUGGGAGUAACAGUAAAUGCAGUGGCUGGUGCUCUUAAAGCCUUUUUUGCAGACUUGCCAGAUCCAUUAAUUCCUUACUCUUUGCAUCAGGAUUUGUUAGAAACAUCAAAAAUCAUGGACAAGACAGAACGGCUGCAUGAGCUAAAAGAAAUUGUGAAGAAAUUCCACCCGGUGAACUACGACGUCUUCAAAUACGUCAUAACACAUCUAAACAGGGUUAGCCAGCAACAUAAAACCAACUUUAUGACUGCUGAUAACUUAUCGAUUUGUUUCUGGCCUACUUUGAUGAGACCCGAUUUUGAAAACAGAGAGUUUCUUUCAACCACCAAAAUCCACCAGUCUGUUAUAGAGACCUUCAUUCAACAGUGUCAAUUUUUCUUUUACAACGGGGAGAUCGUAGAAGCACCUAACCCAGUGGCGUGUCAGCCACCGCCUUCCAGUGCAGUGCAGAUGGUGGAACCGAUGGUACCUCUGCAGUUACCACCACCACUGCAGCCUCAGUUGAUACAGACACAAUUACCAGCAGAUCCUCUUGGUAUUAUAUAAGUGGAAGAUGAUUGCAAGCAGCCUGGCACUGGACGGUAAAGACAAGCUAUAGACGUGCAUGUUUCAGGAUACAGUAAUGUACUUGAUAUUUAUGAGAAAUAAUUCCCAUCCAGCUGAUUGGACAUCUUUUUGUUCUAUCCCGUACUGUGUUCCUCAUUUGUACACACUGCAGAUUUAAAAAAAACAAAAAAACAAAAAACUAUGUGAUAAGCAUGACUGGAGAGGUUUCAUUUUUAAGAGCAAAAAUAGCUAUAAAGUACAAAGCUGCUGCUGCAUGCUACCUUAUUGCAAUCACUAUAUCAUUCCCGUGACGGUUUGUCACGAUAUAUUGUGAAUAAAAAUUUUUUCUAUAGAAAUUUAAUGAUUUUAAAAAGUUACAUUUAUGAAACAUUCGAUGCUUACAGCCUGCUUUAUGGCUGUUUUUGUUAUUUAACGUGCUAUUUUUGGCAAUUUUAUUCCCAUUCAGGCAUUCUGUGUAAAACGACUAAAGCCCAGCUAUAGUUUAUUUUGUAAUCUCCUGGCUACUUAGGCGACGGUAUGCUUAGGAUGGUUUAUGGAAGAAUGCGAAAUGCACUGUUGAGAAUUUUACAGUCCCUCACCAUCCAUCUUUACCUGUAAGUAAACCUGUGGAUAGUUUCCUAAGGAUGGGUGAACUUGCUUAUUAUUUCUUACAGCACAAUACCAAGGACAUGCUUGUUGUAAAAGUGAGUUUCAAAUAUUGUAAAGAAAAUUUUGAUGUUGCCUACUUAUUUCUCUGUUCCAUUACCGAACUAAACAUUUUGUAAAACUGUUAAUUCUGUAAACAGCUGCAUGUUUAAAAGAUCAUUGAUGGUCUUGUAAACUUAAUCUAAUAUAUUUUAGAUAUUUUAAUUUUUUCCCACUUGGGAAUACAUGUAGUGUUUAGAAGAUAGUUCAUGACAUUUUCAUAUAAGGUUAUAUAACUUUUCAUACAUAAACAUGACUUUUGUUGUAGUAAAAUUCUCUAAACCAAACAAUGUUUUAAUCUAGGACUUCAAUUAAUCUAUUCUUUAAAUCUAUUUUUAUGUGACCCUUUAAAGAUAUUAAAAAAAAAUGCAUUGCUAAUACAUAGCAAUAAAUACUUUGGGUACUGACAAUUAACCUCUUUGGAGUGUGUAUAUAUAAAAAUCACAUAAACUUGUAUUCAUACUUUUUUUCCUGUGGUAUGUUGUACUAAACAUUCAGAUGACUGAUUUGUUUUGUUAUUUUUAUGGUUCUCUUCACCAUAUUUUUUAAAUUAUCUCUUUUUUUUUUUUUCUCAAUCCUUCAUUUAUUUUACUUUUACAUUGGUACCAAUUUUGCUGUAAAAGAAUGCUGCUUAAUUUAAACAAAUCUUUUGGUUAAAUAUUUUGUUAGUGUUUAAAAAAACAAAAAUUUAGAAGGUUACAAAUUGUAGGAGAGGGGGAGACCAUAGAGAAAACACUACCUGUGAGACUUCUCAUAGCAGCAUUUUUGUCUUUCAUGCACAAAAUCUGCCUUUUUUUAGGUCCGCAAAGAAGAAAACAGUUUUGACUCAUUCAGCUGCUAGAAUGUUUUGUGUAGUUAAAAAAAAGGAAAAAAAAAAGUAGGAAAAAAAAAAAGCUUUAUGAUGGUCACUAUUGUAAUCUUCACUUCUUAUAACAAGAUUUAAGAUCGUCUUGUAUGUAUUAUAGAAAAUAGAUGAUUUUGAGAAUUAAGGCUUUUAAGAGUUUGAUUUGCUCCGUUUUUCCCCAAAUAAAAGUUGCCUUUCCUACUUAUGUCCUAGGUAUUGUACUUCUAAUUAUGACUUAGAUUAUCCUUCUAGAUUACUCUGAUACCAUCCACCCGGACGCUGUUUGAAGUACAUGUAUAUUAUAAAUUAUCUUGAUAUUGUGUUAUAUUCUUGCAAGUAAUUAUCUUUUCUAAGAAAACAUUAAAAAAAAAAAGUCAACCCUAUUCCUAUUGCGAAGCACACAGGAAUUAAUAGUACAAUAAAGUCUGUCCUGUAAAUUGUAGUAUUCUUAACUUGUUCUACUUUACCUGUUGUCUAUAUAGCUUUUAUUUAUAGCUGUCAGUCUAAUCUUGGCAUGUUUAGCGAAGAAAAUGAAACUUCAAGAGUUUUAUAAAGUAUUUCUAGGUUGCUAAAGAAUUUAUUUUUCUACUGUAUAUCAUAUAGACAAAGCAUCACCUGUACAGGAAACAAGUCUAUUUCUAAUAGAAGUAAGCUUAAAAAUAAAUGCCACUCAUAUCCGUAUUUUAAAGUCUUAUCUAUAAAGUACCUCCGGUCUUUGUAAUGUGAAUUACAUUUUAAACUUUCUACAGAUUACAAGUUUUAUGCCAUAAUAUAUAACUCAUCUUGGAAAACUAACUUUUAGAGUCAUUUACAGUCCAUUUCCUGAUGAUUUUUUCAUGCUGAACUUGCCAUCAGAAGGAUUUGCAGUAUCCUUUCUUGUGUGAUGUCAUGGCUACAUUUUUACAAAAAUCUUAACACUUGUGUUGGGCCAAGUAAAGCAAAUAAAACAUGAGACGUACCAAGAAAGCCUGCCAUGUGGCACUCGAUUGUCACAUCGAAGGGUCCCUUCAUACUGCUUGCAUUGUGGAAGGAAUGUGGAUAUGUGUGCGUCAUGUGUAUGCUUUGAUACUCCCGUUGUUCUUCUGCAUCUGUCUGCACACGAGCAUACGUGCAGAGAUUUGCAUGCACAUAUACCCACAGAGUCAAGUGUCUGGUGGUUGGGUUUUCUUAAAGAUGCUAGGAAACGAUACCCUCAUUAUUAAAGAUUUAUCACAGAGCUUUCUCUAUUAUUUUUAUUAGUGCUACAAAACGAGGAAGCAUGUCAUGAUAUACGAGUUCCUCAUACCUUGGCUCAUGUAGUCCCUUCUAGUUUUAAUGAAAAUCCAAACAAUAACUAUAUUUUUGAAUGUGAGCAUUUUUACAGUAAUGUCUAUCUUGAUAAAGAUGCAGAUGUAUUAUUUUUUGGUUGAGCAUCUCAGUGACACUUUAUGGAGUAGUUUGUCUUUUCCCCUUCCCCUCAUAAUACUGGUAUAGACAUUCUACAGUGUGUUUAUCUUGCAAUGGUUUAGCAAUUUUAAAAUCCCAGACCCGAGUUAUAAAAGUGCCAUUUGAAGUAAUGAUUAACAGGCUCUUUCAAAAUUCCUUGCCCUCCACGAUCUUCUGGAAUUUUAACAAAUAUAGUGUAAAUAGAUUGCAGAUGUCAACUUCAGUGAAAAGAGUUGUUUGGGUUUUGUUUUGGUUUGUUUUAUGUUUUCUCCAUUAUUUCAAUCCUGGUUGCUAGGAAAUUACAAGUAUGUUUAUUUUUAGUUUGCUGGAGUUUAGCUCCCAAUAUUUAUUAUAAGUAUAGAAGAAAACUACCAAUUGGAGAUGAAAAAUUUGGCCUUAGCUUACAUGCUUAUUUCAGGGUUUCUUCAGUAAUUGUGAUGCUGUUUGUCAACUGGAAAAAACAAACAAACAAACAAAAAAUACAUAAAAAAUUUUGAAGUAAAAAUUUUGUUCUUUGUUUAUAAUGUAAUCUUUUGUUGCUACAACAGCAGAAUAUUGCAGUGAAUUAAAUAUCAGUGGAGCUUAUUCUGUAUAAAAGAUGCAACAAAUAAAAUACUAAGAUGCUUACUGUGUAUAA